CAACAACGCGCAUGCGCACCAGUGUGUGUUCGGCGAAACUAAAUGAGGAAAUGCGGAGGCGUAGGAUCCGUCUAUCUACAUUUUUUUAAGAUGCUAUACCUCUUUGUAGUUUCAAAUUAUUUUAAUAACUGUUGCGACGCUUUAGUCUUUAACUUGUUUUCAAGCUAACCAUUCAGCUGUCGCUUUCACUUGUCAUCAACUUCUUUUGUCUAGAGGCCCAAAUGUUCACUGACUACCUCGGAUAAAAUGUCACUACGUUUUUGAUAUCUUUCUCCUUUAGUUCAUUAAUGGAAUAUGACAUGGCGUAUUUAUUUCCACCUCCGACAUUUUUAAACCAAAAUAAUUAUUAACCUCGGACAUGACUCAUGGCGUCCUCCAAAGCCGAUACCGGAGUAAGCAAUGAGACCAAUUGCUCGAAAGAAAAUAAUAGCAGCAGUUCCUUGGAUGAAGCAUCAGACAACCACUCUAGGUACUGCCUUGACGACCUGGUGAGCAUCGCCACAGUAGGUACAGGAACCUUUGGGCGAGUAUUCCUAGUUCGGGACAACAAGAGCAGGACCUUCUAUGCUCUGAAACAGAUGAGGAUCCCUGAUGUGAUCCGCCUGAAGCAGGAGCAGCACGUACACAACGAGAAGGCGGUUCUGAAAGAGGUUAACCAUCCCUUCCUCGUUCGACUGUUUUGGACGCACCAUGAUGACUGCUUCCUUUAUAUGCUGAUGGACUACGUGCCCGGCGGCGAGUUAUUCAGCUAUCUUCGUAGCCGAGGCCGAUUCAGUAACGCCACCGGUCUGUUCUACGCCUCUGAGAUUGUCUGUGCGAUCGAGUACCUCCACUCCAAAGACAUAGUUUACCGCGACCUGAAGCCUGAGAACAUCCUGCUGGACAGGGAAGGCCACAUCCGCUUGACUGACUUUGGCUUUGCAAAGAAGCUUUCUGACAGAACCUGGACUCUUUGUGGCACCCCUGAGUAUCUUGCUCCAGAAGUUAUCCAGAGCAAAGGUCAUUGCCGUGCAGUGGACUGGUGGGCUCUUGGCAUUCUCAUCUUUGAAAUGUUGGCUGGGCAUCCACCCUUUUUUGAUGACAAUCCAUUUGGAAUCUACCAGAAGAUCCUGGCGGGGAAACUGGAUUUCCCACGGCAUCUGGAUUUCUACGUCAAAGACCUCAUCAAGAAAUUUCUGGUAAUUGACCGAGCCAGACGGCUGGGCAACAUGAAGAAUGGAGCAGAUGACGUGAAAAAACACCGUUGGUUCAAGGCCAUAGAUUGGGAGACAGUUCCACUGAGAAAACUGAAACCUCCAAUAGUUCCCAAAGUUUCCCAUGAGGGCGACACUACAAACUUUGAAGUUUAUCCCAAUGACGAAUGGAAAAAAGACCCAUCUGUUCCACCAAGAGACUUGGAGAUCUUCAAAAACUUCUGACAAGUCAGAUAGAAUGUUUUAUUCAUGGAACAAGUACUUCACAAAGAACAAAUGUUCAGGGAAUACAGUGGACCCCCAUAUGUUCGCGGGUUGGCGUUUGCAAAUUGACAGUUUCCGAUUUUUCUGGUGCUUCAUCUGUGUUCGGUUGCAUGGCAAAAAUAUUUCCAUUUUCAUGGUAAAAUACUUUCUACACUAUGUACGACAUUUAGUGCAUUGUAGUAACCGGUAAUAGCUGUCCACUCAACCAAAUGACCAAACCCGCUUAUCCAGUCACAAAUCUAACUGUAGCCAUGUUAGAAAAGUGAUUCACAGUCCGAAAAGGGAGGGAGGAUAAAUUUGACGGUGAUGUCUGUUGAUGCUGCUUUGGGUCAUGAGCAUUUUGCCAAAUUAGAUCAAAACCAGUGUAAUCGGUUACAACAGCUCAGAGGAACAUCACUAAGCCUGCUUGUGACUGAUUUGCUGUGCAGUCAAAUGUUCAUUAUUUUACAGUGCACUGCACCACUACAGUAAUACUUUAUCAUAAUCAUCAGAAUUUUUUAUGUGCAUGUACUCCAAAGACUGUACUUUGCAUAGCUUACCAGUUUUCUAUUUUCAAGGGAACAGCAAUGUUGGGCGAUGAAAGUAUUUGGGAUCAUAGUUAUGCUUUAAACUCUGAAUCUAGGUCAUUAGAAUCAUUUCAAGAGGCGUAUCAGUUUCUUGUGGGAAUUGGUCAUUUGCGGUUGGGCUUGGUCCCUAUCCCCCCCGCGAAUAUUUGGGGUCUGCUGUAUUCACAUUACUCAAAGUUGGCUCAUUACAGCUCUUUGUCUCCCUUUAAAUCCUAACCAUCAUACCAUAAACAGGGUUUUUAUACUCUGGUCAACUGUCUGUUUUUUGUUGUCGUCAAUUUUUAUUAUUAUUAUUAUGAAUCUUUCUGAGCCUAAACAUGCAAGAAAAAAAUAAGACUGUUAAUUUCUACUUUUUAAAACGUUUGUAUUUCAUUGCAAUGGCCUAUUACUGUCUGACCUCUGAACCCUGUGACCUUUUGGCCAGAAGCAAGUAUUACAGGAAAAUACUACUUUUUUUGUUUACAAAAGGCAGCAAAUAGGUGCCUUAUGUUUUUGCUACUUAUUAAUUUCACUUGAAAUGUGUCCUCAACUUCUCGUUGUGACGUGACUCCAAAUAAAAUAAUUAAAAUACUGGUUGUUUUAA